UUUUUGAGGCCAAAAAACGUGUUUGACUUUGUUUGCCGCGUUUUUGUUUUAUUCUGAUUGAAAAUUAAAAAUAAAAAAAUGUCAACCAACAAUAUUGUUGCCAAUGUUGAAACGAAAUUUCUUUGCCGCCAUCGACAGAUAAGAAAAUUGUCACAUUUUUUAAAAUUAAACGAUAUUCAUAAUAUCAUUUUGAAUGGACCAAAAUCAACCGGUAAAACUUGCAUCACAAAAAUGUUACUCGAUCAAUUUGAAUAUAUUUAUCUUUGGUUCGAUAUGAUAAAUUUGGAUAAUUCGAAUCGAUUUUUUUAUGAUAAAAUUCUACAACAAUUUAAAGAUUAUUUAAAUGAAAAAUUUUCAAACACCGACAAUGAUGGCGAUGAUGAUGAUGAUAGUGAAUUUGUAUCGAAAAAAUGUUUAAAUCCAAUUCAAUUUAUUGAUUAUAUGAUAAAACUAUUGCAAAUAUAUCGACAAAAAACAAGUUUACAUGAUAAUAAUAAAAUCAUCAUCGUUAUCGAUAAUGCUGAUAUUUUAAUUGAAGAAAAUAAUGAAAAUUUAAUCUAUUUAUUGAAUAAUCUUGAUCAAUUAACUGGCCACAUAUGUCCGAUUACGGUGAUUUGGAUUUUCAAACAUCAUUUGGAACGAUUAUUUCGAUUGACCACAGAUUUCAAAAUGAAUGCAUUACAAAUAUCAUUUGAACCAUAUGAACAGGAAGAACUUUUUCAAUUAUUAACACAAUCAUCAUUAUUGCCCAAAAAUGAUACACAUAAAUUGUAUCGAACAUUUGUCAAUCUUAUAUUGAAAACAUUGACACCAUUUGAGAAUGAUUUUCCUAAUCUAAAUUUUAUUUGUCAUAAAUAUUUUGAAAAAUAUACCACACCAUUGAAUGAUGAUGAAAUCGCUUUAUACAAUAAAAGUGGACAUUUGUAUGUAAAAUUUCAACCAUAUCUACAGGAAAUAAUGGAUCAAAUUAGCGGCAUGGUCAUAAAUGGUUUGAAUAAAAAUGUCCGCCAAUUUAUCGAAUCAAUGUCACCAUCAUUAUGUUAUACAUAUGUAAGCGCAUAUCUUGCCACUUAUAAUUCAACAAAAACAGACAUUCGUUUUUUUGUUCGUAAUCAACGAAAUAAUCGUUCCAAGAAAUCGAUGAAUAUCAAAGAUAAUGAAAUAAAAUGUCCAAAAUGGUUUGAAUUGGAACGUUCAUAUCAUAUUUAUCGUGCCAUAAUCGAUUUGAAUGAAAAAGAUUAUGAUUUACGAAUGAAUCUAUUGAUUAACGAUGAUUGUGAAUUCUUACGACAAAUGGCUAAUCUUUAUGAUUCGAAAAUAUUAUCAUCAAAAUCCACACAACAACAAUGGUCAUGUUCUGGUGAUUCAAAAUUUCAGCUAUCACAAGUGAUUACCGAUGAUAUGAUUUUGGAUAUUUCAUCUAAAAUCGAUUUAGAUAUUAAUGCAUUUCUUGUUCAUCGUAUUGAACGUAGUAAUAAACAAAUUCAAUUGUAAAAUUAUUUAUUUUUCUUCAAUAAAUUUGUACAUUGUGCCAAUUUUA